AUGACCAUUGAUGGCCCCGUGGCGUUAUUCAAAUCCAGUACCAAUUGCAGCCGAGCCCCUUUCUCCGCGCCAGGCCCGUAUUGUUGGAGCGGCCCACUAAAAGCCCGCCCCGGCCCCGAGCCGCCAGAGGCGCCCGCUCGGGUCCAGCCCUGCGCCUCGCCAGCAACCGGCUCCCAGGUCGGCUCCCCGGGCGCUGCAGGUGACCCGGCGGCGCAUUCCUGCGCUCCCGGCCGCCCUGGCCACUGCCACCCGCGCCCCGGCCGCUACUCAGCCACAAGGACGCGGACAGCGCGGAGCCGGUGCGUGCCCAGGGCUGGGCGGGGGAGGGGGCCGGCGAGUCCGGCCCGGGACCAGGAGACGCCACCGGCCGCGGGCCCCUGCUCCCCGGAUUCCCCGCGAGCCCAGCCUGGGGCGGGGAGAUGGGAGUCGGCCCGGGCCACGGUGGAGGGAGACGCAGCAGGGGCGCCGGGUGGCCCGCGAAGGGCCGCGGUGUGCGUGCCGCCGUCCCCUUACCGUGGGCUGGGUCGCCACCGCGGAGCUCUGCGAGGUCUUCCGCAGCUCGGAGCUCCGGGUGCGCGUCUCCGGAGCGAGGCGGAACCCCGCAGGACGCGGGGCCCUCAACUCAGGGGCUUCGCCACUGAUUGUCCAAACGCAAUUCUUGUACGAGUCUGCGGCCAACCGAGAAUUGUGGCUGGACAUCUGUGGCUGAGCUCCGGGCGCAGCAGGGGCGGGGGCCGCAGGGCCCGAGCGCGACCCCGGGGCGGCUGGUCUCAGCCGAGGACCGUGGCCCCGAGCUGGCGCGCAAAGAAGGGGCCGUCCGCGCCUCCAUCCUCGUCCUCUGCGGUGACUGUCUCUGCCGGCGGGGUCCUCAGUCGAUCGCACUGGCUUCCCGAUUUUCACAUUUUGGUUGGAAAGAAGCUGGCACGCAGCUGCGGCCACGAACGUGGCCCGCGUAACCCGCCCUCGGCGAGAGCCGCAGGAGGCCGGGAUGAAGGAGGCGCCCCCGAAAAGCGCUCGCAAACUCGACUGGAAUCUGCUCUCACCUGUCCCCGACCCGGUACCCCACAAACAUACAAUCUAACCAACCCUCAAACCCCAAACCAACCAAACCCUCCCACGCGCGCUGGACAGACGGACAGGCAGAGCCUCCAACUACCAGAAAGCGAGCAGCUGGGGACCGCGCGCUCCAGCCGCGCAGCCGCCUCUGGAAAAGGAACUUGGACAGAGGAACCUUUCAUUAAAGAAAAAUCCUUCGGAGAUAGUGAAACUUAUUCGUUUAUUUCCUCAAAAGCAGGGGUCAGGAGUCGUGUGUGUGUGGGGGAUUCCUGGGAGCUGAUGGUGCUGAAUCACCUCUCUGACCCCUUUCUGCUCGCGGCUGAAAUGGUCCAAGCCAGUCUCCACUCUGGCGUUGGCAUCCCUGCGGUGGGCAGAGCGCGGUUUCCCCAGCCCAUCCUCCUGAAUGCUCAGCAUUUACUGGGGUACCUAGUCGGCAGGGAAGUCACAGCUGCACCUCCCACCCCAUCAGCUGCAUGCAGCUGAAGGAAUCCUCCACCAUCUCCAGAGCCUGGAAUCCCAGGUGGGACCACAGGCCAUUCCUGCUCGCGGGCUGCAGGGUGGGAGGGAAUGUCAAACGACAAACAGGACAGGCGAGCCUUCUGUAAAGAAGGCUGUGAGGUCCAUUACAAGUCCCUGACCUCAGCACCUAGUGAAGGCCAGCCACAAGGCCUCUCUAAACAACACGGAGACCCCACACUGGCCUUAAUCUGCACCUAGUGAGAUAAGUAAUCUCUACCAGGUAGUAAUCUCUACCAGGAACCCCAACAGGGCUGCCCCCAUGCACAGGAGCCCAAGGAUCUGCUCUGCAGCAGUGCUUGGGAGCAGUUCACCAACCAAGGGUCAUCU